ACGAUCAAAAGUGACGAUAAGAUUUAUGCUUUCUUCGAUCAAAUUGAUGAUUCAAGCAAACCAAACCAAAAAAAAGAACAUCAUAAACAAUAAACAAGUGAUUAAUAAUAGUGAGUGAGAGACAUGGCUUCAACGAAAAUAAACGCAUUAACAACAACAAUCUACAAAUCCCCAAGAAUAUACAUUAACCACAAAUCUCAAAACCAAAUCAAACUUGUGAUUUCAAAUUCACUAAACCCAAAACCCAACACAACACAGCUCCCCAAUAAUCUCUACAGUGUCAGCUUCAAAACCGUUGGAACAGGUAAGCUUGGCAUCUCCAGAUAUCCUGAUUUCGAAUACUCUCCUCAUGGCGGCUCCGGUACCGGAACCGCUCAAAAGAUCGACGAAAACAGAGCAUCUAACUCUGGAUUGUUGUCUGUUUGUUUCAAUGUGGCUACUCUCUAUAUCCCUCCUCUCACUAGCCAAACCACGAAAUUUCUCGGCUUUCCAUUGCCUCCGUUUCUAAAAAUCGAUAUAUCACCGGAGGUUUUCCAAGGAAGUAUCGAACCUGAAUCCGGAAAGGUGGAACUGGAGUUCACGGCGAAGUUCUCUUUCACGGCGGGAGGAGGAAUAUACAGAGCACCGGCGUUGGUGGUGAAAACGGUAUUGACGACGGAGGAGUCGAGAGGAGAGAGGAAGAGUGGGAGAGGGGAGAGAAUGGAUAAAGAAGGGAAGUGUAGACUCGUCGGCGUGGCUAAAGUUGAGACCGUCGACGAUUGGUUUAUGAACACGUUCCUAUCUCUUCCGGAGGAGUGUCUCGCCGAUCUACAAGCUGUUAUUUCAGUCUCUGAUUCUUGAUCUUGAUCUUGAUGAUACGCUAUCAUUUGUUUUGAGUUUUGAAGUAAAAAAGUUGUUUUUGUUACAAACUUGUGUAUUAGUAUGUUUUUAUUGUUUUUUCAUAGUCUUAGAUGAUUGUGGAAGAAUUGAAUACAUUAAAAUUGUAAUGGUUGCGUGACACCCCUAGGAAUAGAAAAGAAAAGGAGAAAUGAUGGGCCUGAGCAUGGAAAAAAACAAAUUACAGCUUGAAGAAGUGAAUGCGAUUGACACAUAUCUUAACACUUGUUUCUUUGUGGAAAUGUGACACAUUAUCUUCGUGAUUUAUCUGA